GCGGGGUGAAAGUUGAGGGGCGGUGACGUCGGGCCUGGCCGGGCGGAGGCUGGCGGGUUGGAGGCAGGAGGGAGGGAGGGAAGGAGGGAAGGAAGGAAGCUGGGAAGGAGCGAGCGAGCGGGGGCGCGAGGCGUUUACCUGGAGGCAGCGGCUUGGGCGCGCAGAGCGGCCGCGGCUCCCCCGCACCUGCGGCCAUGGAUGAGGAGCGCGCCCUCUACAUCGUCCGGGCCGGCGAAGCGGGGGCUAUCGAGCGGGUCCUGAGGGAUUACGGCGACAAGCAUAGGGCUACUUUCAAAUUUGAAUCAACAGAUGAAGAUAAAAGAAAGAAACUAUGUGAAGGCAUAUUUAAAGUCCUUGUAAAGGACGUCCCAACAACAUGUCAAGUGUCCUGUCUGGAAGUACUCCGCAUUCUCUCCAGAGACAAAAAGGUUUUAGUUCCUGUAACAACUAAGGAAAAUAUGCAGAUACUGCUGCGACUAGCCAAGCUAAGUGACUUGGAUGAUUCUUUGGAGAAGGUGUCAGAGUUCCCAGUUAUUGUGGAGUCCUUAAAAUGUCUGUGUAACAUAGUGUUCAACAGUCAGAUGGCACAGCAGCUCAGCCUGGAACUUAAUCUUGCUGCAAAGCUCUGUAACCUCCUGAGAAAGUGCAAGGACCGAAAAUUUAUCAAUGACAUUAAGUGCUUUGACUUGCGCUUGCUCUUCCUCCUGUCACUUUUGCACACUGACAUCAGGUCACAAUUGCGCUAUGAGCUCCAGGGACUACCGCUGCUAACCCAGAUUCUGGAAAGUGCCUUUAGCAUCAAGUGGACCGAUGAGUAUGAAUCGGCCAUAGACCAUAAUGGACCUCCUCUCUCACCUCAGGAGACAGACUGUGCCAUCGAGGCCCUCAAAGCUCUCUUCAAUGUGACGGUAGACAGUUGGAAGGUGCAUAAAGAGAGUGAUUCUCAUCAGUUUCGUGUCAUGGCAGCUGUCCUUCGCCAUUGUUUACUAAUCGUAGGUCCAUCUGAAGACAAAACAGAAGAACUGCACAGCAAUGCAGUCAACCUUUUAAGCAAUGUUCCAGUCUCUUGUUUGGAUGUUCUCAUUUGUCCAUUAACUCAUGAAGAAACAUCCCAAGAGGCAACGACUCUAGAUGAACUGGCCAGUGAUAAAACUGCUGAGAAGGAAACAGUUUUGAAAAACAAUACCAUGGUAUACAACGGUAUGAAUAUGGAGGCCAUUCAUGUUUUACUCAGUUUUAUGGAGAAGAGAAUAGACAAGGGAAGCAGCUAUAGAGAGGGUCUAACUCCAGUUCUCAGCUUAUUAACUGAAUGUUCCCGAGCCCAUCGAAACAUCAGAAAAUUUCUCAAAGAUCAGGUUUUACCACCGUUGAGGGAUGUGACAAAUCGACCUGAAGUUGGCUCAACUGUGAGAAAUAAGCUGGUGCGCCUCAUGACACAUGUUGACCUUGGAGUCAAGCAAAUUGCUGCUGAAUUCCUUUUUGUCCUUUGCAAAGAGAGAGUGGACAGCCUGCUGAAAUACACUGGCUAUGGGAAUGCUGCAGGACUUUUGGCGGCUAGAGGCCUCUUGGCUGGAGGAAGGGGAGAUAAUUGGUACUCAGAAGAUGAAGACACAGACACUGAAGAAUACAAAAAUGCAAAACCAAACAUUAAUCUUAUCACUGGUCAUUUAGAGGAACCAAUGCCAAACCCCAUAGAUGAAAUGACAGAAGAACAAAAAGAAUAUGAAGCCAUGAAACUUGUCAACAUGCUUGAUAAACUUUCCAGGAGAGCAGAUGUGAAGGACCUGCACCAGGAUGGUGGUUAGCAACAGUGGCCCGUACCAAAGCACUUACCAAAGUGAUGACUAAGAGAGGAAUUGCUUAAACCAAUGGGACUAAAACCUGAUGGGACAAUAACGCCUUUGGAAGAAGCACUCAACCAGUACUCUGUCAUCGAAGAGACCAGCUCUGACACAGACUAAAAGCAUCACCUGCUCAACUCUCAAUAUUGCUUUAUCAGCAUCUUUUCUCUGUAGCUCCAGGGGAAUCUUUUCUCUAAAACAUUUAUGCCCUUGCUUUGGCUAGAAACACAUUAACUGGUUUACUCAUUGAGAAUCCAGCAUAUUUAAGAGGUGAUCCUGUGUUUUUUGCGAUACUGAGGCAUUCAUACAGAGCUGCAGUUAGAGUUACAGGGGCUGGUAGCAGAAAAAAAAUUCCAUUUCAUCAGGAUGAAACUGAGGGAUUUUAUUCUAUAAAGCAGCCCUGGUUGAAUCUGGCAAUUCUGUUUGCCAAGAUUCUUAGCAGAAGAUCUAGCCAUGUCUUUCCUCUCACUUGUGUGAGCGGCCCCUUUUGAAUCUCUCCAGCAGCCAAAGGCAUGGGAGAAGCAGAAUGAACUGGUAAAUAAGGCCGAGGCAAGUGACUUCUUAGGUCAGGCCUGACUGAACGGAAGCCAAGCAGCUGCUCUAUAAACCUAGCCCCACUCUUCCUAUCAAUUUUGUAUAAAUAUAUGGAAACACACACACACAUACACACACAGCCUCAGACUUACAAGCUAAUUACACUCUGAAGGUUUGUAUGUCACUUAGCUGAAACUUCAGAAUACAUUUCUCCCUAUAAAGAGUUACAAAUGAUGGUUUAGUUCCCAGGCAGCUACAAAUGCCUAUUUAUUCCCUAAUAUAUCUGAACACUAGUACCACAGAACUGAACCACCAUCUGUAUCAGUGCAUGGGGAGUGUGCAUUCUGAGGUCUAACCUGGGGUGUCAGGAACGCACACGUCCUCCCUCCCAGCAGAGGGAACAGAGAUUCCUAGGUAAUGAGAGUUCUCGUGUGGCCUCUGCUGGGAGUGGAGGAGCCAGCAGCACCCAUUUGAGCAUAUGGGUCAUUCAUACAUCACGUUUUAAAUCGGGGACUGUGUGUGUGCUGAUGUGUGUGUAUGUUUUUCUACUAUAUGUGAUCAGUUUAAUAGUAACUUUAUUUAUUUAAAAAAAAAGAAACACAAAUAGUUACUGUUAAGCUGAUACACGCUGUUUAUUUUUACUUUUAGAAUUGGUCCUAUGAAGAAGUAGAAACUGAAUCAUGCAAUAGACAGUGGGCCUAGUUGAUCAGUGGCUAAAGUCGAAAGGGGUUGGUUUCCUUUAUAUAUGUAUGUAUGUGUGUAUGUACAUACAUAUAUAUACAUAGAUAAUGUGCUUAACCACUGCCUUUUGAAUUUUUAAAUUAAAUAAAACAUUGGGGUUGAUUCAAUUUAGCCAUCUGUGUGUGUUUCUUUAUAGAUAUAUGGGCUAAACAAUACUAUUUCACAGUUGAUGCUUUUACAUGCAUUAUCUCACUUUUCAUCACAAUGGCCUUUUUAAGGAUAGGUUAAAAAAAUAAGUGGAAUAUGAGUGAAAAUGCCAUGUGUCCAGAAGUUACUUCUCUGGCAAAGCAACAAAUCAGAAAUUGAAUUUUUAAAGGCCUUUAAACUUCCAGGAGAGCUGUCACAAAGUUUCUUACAAUUAACUCAUAGGCGAGAGCUUCAAGAAUAUCACUCUUAGCCUCUGUAUUAAAAUUUGCAUAAGUUUCUAACAUGUUUGGUUAUCUGGCUUUCAAGCUCACCAAACAAAAAGGCAAAGAAGGAGGCUGUUAGGUUGAAGGUAGGCAUACUGAAAGCAGGAAAGAAAAAAAAAAGCCAGCUGAAAACUAGAUAGCAUGAUGGGAAGAAUAAUAAUAAAAGAAACUAUCCAAGGCAUAGUAUAUCUGGGACUGUUUACCAAAGGAUACUCUAGGUAACCCAGAAAAAUAUGUGUAUGGCCUAUAGACUAAUUCUCAUUAUGAUGACCUUGAGUUUAUUUAAAAGAGCAAAUUAAAUCCAGUGCACUUUAUAAAAGGCUAGGAAAAAGACGAUAUGUUUUAGAAUUUUAUUCAAAAUAGUUGAGGGAGAGGUUGUGAAUGACCUAGGUUUUAGCCAACAGCAAAUAAAAUGAAACUCCGCAAUUCAUAAUUUUAAAUUGAGAAAAAGUUUAGAAAAAAUAAUUUAAGUAUUUUUGUUAUUUCAUUCUACAAAUGCAUUUUUAAAGUAUUUUUAUAAUUUCUACAAAUAGCUUUGGCAUGCAUGUCAGUUUACCUAGAUGAAGAUGUGUUUAAUGAAAUACCAUCUUACUGGCUUUAUGCAGAGCAAGUGUUUGGACAGUCCUGUUUAAGUAGCUGUGCUCUUCUGCUUUCAAUGGGUUCUAUUUCAUUUUGCAUUUUUCUCCGCUGAGCACUAAGCUUUGUUUUUGAAGAGAGAAUUUGCAGGGGAAGAAGGCGAUCUUGUACUUGGAAAGAGAACCGACAUCUGUUGAGUGUUUACUACAUGCUGGGCUUUUCAUAUACGUUAUCUCAUGUAACCACAUCUCAAAAAAGUUCCUCUCCAAAAAGCUUACACAAGCUACCCUGCAUCCCAACAAGAAGAGUCCAGCUCUGGCGACCUGACUCCCAGCACCACUCCUUCCUUUUCCCACUGCACAUCUGGGCCCACACUGUGCCUCCUUAGGGCUCUAAAAUGCUGGGAACAGAGUGGGGUUGGGCGGGUGGUCAUUCUCAGACCAUUUUAAGCAAUAACUAUUUCAGCAAAGCCAGUGUAAAGAACUUUUGAAGCAGGGAAGGAACCUGGAGUGGAAAUGUGAGUGGGGAAACUGCUUGGUCAGCACUGGAUUUCAAAUGAACACCUGGAAUCCUUCAAGAAAGGCCAGAGACCCAGGCUGCAGGCUGGCCUCUCUGCCCAGAAUUCUCCUGACUUUGGAAGCAAGGUAUGGAGGAGUGCGUUCUCAAAUAAGGCAUUGAGCUGCUGCUAUAGAGGAACAAUCACCAGAUAUUUGUGACCUUUUCAGGUGCCUCGACCUGGGGGUGGGCAGGGCAAGUGUUCCUCUUUAUAAAUGAGGGCACAGGCUGAGGCAGUCCAAGUGACUCAAAUACCCCUCAGUGCCACAUCAGUCUUGCUGCCUUCCAGGACUAGAUGUCGCCUGUAUGACGUCCUUUCUCCACCCCCCCCCCAUAAAAGCAAUCUGUAUUCAUCAUGAGAAGUUUGGAAAAUGCAGAAGAUAAUAAAAUUAAUAAUUUAUCCAAAAUCCCACCAUCCUGAGAUAAUCACUGUUACUGUUUUAGUGUAUUUCCUUCCUGUAUUUUUUCUAUGCAUAUAUAAUUUAUUUUACUACAAGAUUGGGAUCAUGCUGUAUUUACAGAUUUGUAUCCUGCUUUCUUUAACAUAUUGUGAGCAUUUUCCCAUGUCAAUAAAUACUCUUCAAAAA